AUGGCUGACAGCAAAGAUGAAGGAGCCAGCGCCUGGUACAGGGUGCCGACUUGGGACGGGAGUCCCCUUACCUGGCGUAGCUUCCGCCGGGAGAUGGACUGGUGGGUCUCGAGCUUGGACCUGGAUAGCACUCGCAAGUACAACUUGGCUGCGAGGUGGCUUCUUAGACAAUCGGGACCGGUUCGUCAGAGGGGCGAAGAGUUCAGCCCGAAAGAAUUGGAAUAUCAACCCGAGAUGCGGGGCAAGGACGGCGAGGGCAAUGACGUGGUUAUCAUCAACGAGGACCUGCUGGCGGGACUUAAUAAACUGCUUAAUUCCUUGGAGGAGAUUAAUGGUCGCACUGUCCUCGACAAACGGGGCGAAUUGCGAAAUCUCUUCUACCAGCAGCUCGUCAGGAAGCCUGGUGAGCGUGUUUCUGAGUUUUGCUCUCGCUUCCGCACGGUCGUGGCCGACCUUAAGCAGGAGGGCGUCAAGAUCCCGGACACAGAGUUGGGAUGGUUCUUGCGUGAAAAGAUCGGCCUCGACCCCCUCAGGAAACAGUUGCUGGACACGGCCCUGUCCGGGAAGGAGGAAUAUAACAUCAUUGAAGCCGAGAUUCUGCGGCUCUUCAAGGACCUCCACGCCAGCGACCCGCUCUUCAAGAAGCCCGGCCUGAAGUUCUUCGGUGCUCGGCGGCCGGCCUCUACUUCCUUGAGCUCCUCGGCGGCAUCUUCGCGACCUACGUCCUCGAGCUUGCGGUCUUCUACGGGGCGAUUUACUUCGGCACCUACUACCCCUCGGCCCUUCUUUAGGCCCAGCCCUGGGCGACAAGCCAACGUGGCCGAGACCGAGGAGGACGAAGCUGAGACCGAGGACGCUGAUGAUGAUGAUGUUCCCGCUGAGGAGGACAACCGCUCUCUCGAGGAGGUGUUGCAGACAGAGGCUGAAGCACUGGCGGCGGAGAUUGAGGAGCUGGCCGAGGAUGGUGCCGAUGACGAGCUCAUCGGCGGCUUGGAGGCAUCGGUUGAAGCCGGUGCGGAGGCUUUGGUCUCCAUGCGGGAGGCCCGAUCCCGACUACAACAAGUUCGCAAAGAUAGGGGCUGUAAAGCUCCAGAGGCGCUUCUGCGAAGGGUGCUGGCCGAAAGGGCGGGACCUCAGCCAACCGCAAAGCUUCUGGCAAACAUCCCUGCUUCGAUUGCGGGGAGCAUGGGCACUGGGCUGGGGACCCUGAGUGCCGAAACCCUGGUGCCGGCCUCGGGCGGAAGCCUCCUGCUGCUGGUCGGGGAAAAGGCCGGCCAAAAGAUCCACGAGGCGAUGGUUUUGGAUGACCUGGCUUUGGAUGAAGCCCUUGCUCAUGGAGCUUUGGUCUCCUCUUCGGUGGCUCCGCCCUCGACCGCGCACUUGGAUGGCGAUGGCAUUGGGGCCCUCGACUCGGCCUGCAAUCGUACUUGUGCUGGCCCUCGCUGGCUUCAGAACUACCUCUCCUUGCUGGAGAGCUGUGCCCCGGAACAGGUCCGAGGAAUGGUUCGUACGGUGACCGAGAAGGAGGCCUUCAAGUUCGGCAAUGGUGGCGUGACACCGAGCUAUGAGCGCUGGCGACUGCCCGGGAUUCUGUGUGGCCGUCUCUUUGCCUUUUGGGUGAGCAUCGUUCCAGUACCCUCGUUGGGCCUUGUGAUGGGUCGCGACUGGAUGGAGGCCGUCGGAGCAGUGAUUGACUUCGAGCGAAAAGUGCUAGAGUGCCGCCGAUUGUUUGAGGGUUCCCUUGAGUUGUUCCAACUUCGGGCGGGCAAUGGCUCGGCCGUCUCAUUUCCGGUGGUGCUGACCGUGUUUCCAAUGCGUCCGAAAGCUCGCGACCCUCCACGAGUCCCCAAGCUAGCGCACAUGGAAUCCGCGCGCCUCUUCGGGAACGUGGUGCUCAGCAAGGCCACCCGCCGAUGGGGCCGCAUGCUUCAACGACUUCGCGCCCGCGCUCAAUGGCACAUAGGAGGCGUACUCUUGUGGCUUUUGCAACGGCCCUCCUUGCGUUAUGUGCCGCUUCCUUUCCCCUCGGUGUCUACGGUGGCAGCUUGGAAGCUUCAGGCGGAGAACAUGGUUCAGAGGAGAGCUUUGGCUCCGCGACACUACGAUCGAGCACUUCCUCUCCUUACGGCAUCACGGCUGGUCGAAGCCAGCUGGCUUCGGGACCGGCUGGGACUUCGUCUGGCUUUCCUCGAGGACCCCUUGGUCGACGGGAUGUUGGCGGCCCGCUCCUCUACGAGCCGAAGCAAGUCUUUGAAGGCGGCGGUGUUGCGGGACCAGCAGGAGGAGGCCAAGGAGCUCCAGGACAGGCUUGGCCGAGAACGACACCGUGGACACCCUGAAGAAGAAGAUCCGACAAGUCAUUGGGAGCCUUCGGGGCCACCCGACGCCUUCUACCCCGACGUCAUCGACUACAGCCCCGACUCCUGUGAUGGCGGCCCCCUCUACUUUGACAUCUCCCUCAAGGACGCCGACGGCAACUUUGCCUACGACCGCAACCUCAUCUUCGGGACCGGAGCCUUUGAAAACCGCCGGCCCAAUGCCAGCGACUUCCCUGGAGGAUGCUUUGAGUGCCUCGUCGCAAGCCACCAUGGCCCAGAACGCGUGACGCGCCCCGACGAGGACAUGGGCUGGGAACCGGUCAGCCCGCCGUCCCAGGACGAAUCGCCGGCCGACGACCCGCAACUUCAGAUGGCGGGCGUCCUGGACAGCAGCGAGGUGAUGUUCCUCCAGGAAGCCGCCGAUUACCAGAACGAGGUGUUCAUCGGCGAGCUGGUCCUGGGUGCAGUGGGCCCUCUCUCGGGCUCGGUUUCUCAACUCAGCAAAGCCCGCGGACACAACGUGCUCGAGGGCCUCACCCUGGACGGCGGCUACGACUUCACCAACUUCGAGCAUCAGCGACUGGCUUUGGCCCUGAUUCGCCGCAGCAAGCCGCAGUUUCUCAUGAUUUCUUUCCCGUGCCCUGCGUUCAGCCCCCUGCAGCGUCUCAAUACCACUCGCACAGCGGCUUUGGACGCACAAAAAGAUGAUCGGGUGAGGACGGUGAGGAUGUCUCUGCGGCUGGCUCGCUUCGCGACUAAGGUGGCUGAACUUCAGCUUCGUCUCGGCGGGCACUUUGCAAUUGAGAACCCCCGGCAAUCUCAAGCCUGGGGCCUGCCGUCUAUGGUUGCUUUGUCACGACGGCAGGCGGUUCGCAAAAUCGACUUUGACAUGUGUGCCUUCGGCUUUCGGCAUCGCAAACCCUCCCGGAUUUUGACCUCAUCUCAGGUCUUGGCAUCUUCCUUGCUGGGCCGUAAGUGCCCAGGCCGCUCCCGGGAUCAUGUGCACGUGCUGUGUGUGGGCGAGGCUGGCCGCAUUUCUCAGGUCGGCGGCUACCCGAAGACUUUCACCAAGGCUGUCAUUUCGGCAGCCGAGGGCCAAUUCGACUUUGACACUUACGCGAUGUAUCAGCCCGAGGCGACCGAGCGCGAGGCCAUGGCCGUUGAUGGCGAGCUCCCCACUGCCUUGGAGGACACUCGUGUGGAGGGUGUCGACCAGACUGACUAUGACCUGGGCGUGUGGGGCUCGGAUGGUGAGGACGAUCCGCCUGACCAAACGGCGGAGACCGAGAUGCGGAUCGCGCCGGCCGUGAGGGCGGCGGUCUACAAGCUGCACGUCAACACGGGCCACCGCUCGCCAGCUCGACUAGCCCGGGCUCUCCUUGUUUGUGGAGCGCCUCGCGAGGCAGUCUUAGCGGCCAAACAGUUGAAGUGUUCGGUUUGUGCCGAAAGGCGUGCUCCUCGGACUCGACGGCCGGCUGCUCUUCCUCCUCCUCGUGAUGUCGGGGAGCAAGCUCAUAUAGACCUCUUGGUUGUGGAGGAUGCGGGCAAGCAAGGCUAUGUGGUGGUGCACAUCACCGACUCGGUCUCCCGAUUUCAGAUGGCCGGCCUUAUCGAGGACAAGUCCAGUCAAUCGGUAUGCCACUUUCUCAAAACCCACUGGCUUCCGAUCAUGGGCGCUCCCCGGGUCUUGGUCUGUGACCAAGGACGUGAGUUCGUCUCUGAAUUCUUUUGUGAUUGGGCCGAGGCUGCUGGGAUCUACCUUUACCACAUUGGGGUUCAGUCACCAUGGCAAAACGGCUUGGCCGAAAGAUCCGGUGGAACGUUGAAGGCCAUCACCCAUGCACUGGUGACUCAGCACACGCUCCUCGGCGCUACUCAGGUGGCUGAGGCGGUCGGCGAAGCAGUCAGUGCGUACAACAGCGACAUCAACGAGGUGGCACUUCGUGAAACAGCGAGGGUUUCGAUGACUCGUCUACAUUACUCUCGCGGCCUUCGACGAGCUAGCCUGGCCCGCGCUCGCACUGAGCCGAGCGAGGAGCAACAACCCCAACCUGGCGACAUCGUGUUCUUCUACCGGCAGCAGAAGGUCAAUCGGCGGAGGGGCGAGGCGAACGCAGCCACCUCGACUCAACGGAGGAAAGUCGAGCUUCGCAGGUGGCACGGGCCUGCUCUUCUCAUCGCGACUGAGGACUCCUUGGACGAGAUGAUGGCCGAGCUUGAGGACAUUCGUCUUCCAGGCGAGCCUCGUUCCAAAGUGUGCCUGGUAGCGACCUACGAUCUGAACUACCGGGGCCCUCUCACCCUACACGAUCUCCGGGAUCACCUGUGGGUGGUCUUCUCUCCCGAGGCUCGAUCGCUUGAUGACGAGCUCCAGGAGUCUCGGGGAAUGAAACGUGCUGCUUCGGAGUUGGACCAGUUAGCAUACGGCAAUGAGCAGGUGCAUCCUUUACUCCAAGUUCAGGCUCUUGCCGAGCAUGACCGUCGGUUCCCUUUUGACUUUCAGGAGUAUGACUCCGGCACUUGGGAUGGUCGCUGGUCUCUUCCUUCACAACGUGAGUGGCAACUGCGAAUGGACGUGGGCGAGUGCUUCCCGGUGGGCAAUGAGCACCACAUUGAUGCGGUGCAGGCGGCGCGGAAGGAAUACAACUACCGGUCCCUGACUCCUCAGCUUAAGCAGAAGUACGACGAGGCAGCGAUUGCAGGAUGGAAGGCCUACAUCGACAACCAGGCGGUUGAGCUCCUCGAUGUUGAGGCGUCCCUGCGGGUGAGGAAAGAUCUGGCGUCGCGCGGCGAACUGGAUCGUAACCUUCGGAGGGACGCGCCAACCGGAAGCAGGCUGGCUCAGCACCUUCUCUUCUGCAUCGCCGCCUACCACACCAGUUGGACAGUGACUUCAGCUGACGUGAAGUCGGCAUUCCUCAAAGGGGACCCGUACUUGGACCGCGAGCUGUAUGUCACCGGCACGGAUCCCCGACUUGGUCCUUCGAUUCCCAUCCCGGCUGGCUGCUUAGCGCGUGUCAGAAAAGGCAUCUUCGGACUUGCAGACGCUCCUCGUGAGUGGUGGCUCAGGCUGUCUCGUAGCUUGGCGGACCGUGGAUGGGAAAGGUCUCAGAUCGAUGGGGCCAUGUGGCUUCUUUGGAGCAAGCCUUCCAAGAAUGGCAAGCGCCAGCUUGAAGGCGUGAUCGUCGCACACGUCGACGAUCUUCUGAUGACUGGCUCACCCCUGGCCGAGCGCUCUCUACAGGCCGUGGGUGACGAGCUUGGCUUCGGCAGUGUCGAGAAGAACGACUUCGUGUGGUGCGGGAAGCGCAUUCGUCGGGCAACGGAUGGAACCAUUCGUCUGUCGAUGGCGGAAUACCACCAGAACCUGAAGGAGAUCAACCUGCCCACCUACCGACGUCGACAGCUCAACGCCAAGCUCACCGAGCCAGAGCGACGCCAGCUGCGGGCCCUUCUCGGAAGUCUUCAGUGGUUGACGGCCCAAUUCCGCUUUGACAUGGGAUUCAUUGUCUCUACUUUGCAAGGUGAGGCGCCUACAGUCAAGACCGUGCUCAAGGCGAACUCGGCCGUCCGCGACUUCCGCCAGGACUGCAACUUCGAGAUGAUCUUCCGGCCCAUCGACUACAACCGCGGUGGCCUUGUGGUGGUGAGCGACGCAGCCCUCGGCAACGUGAAACUCAACGGGUCCGACGACGGUACGCCCACCGAGAAAGUGUUCAGCCAGGCUUGCGCCUUCGUUUUACUGGCUGAUGACGACCUGUUGGCCGGCCGCGAGGGCAAGUUCAACGUGCUGGAUGCCCGCUCUCACCGCAUCCCUCGUGUGUGUCGGUCUUCAUAUGCGGCCGAAACCCUUGGAGCUGAAGAGGCCAUGGAUAUGGGCCUCCUGUGCCGAGGCUUUGUCGCCAGUGUCAGGGACUACCUCUCCGUGGGCAAGCUCGCCGAGCGCUCCCUUGACAAGGUCUCUCUUACUCUGGUGGUCGAUGCCAAGGACGUGCACGACAAGGGGAACUCCGACACACCAAGCUACGGGACACAAAAGUCUUUGGCCUUCGUGGUGGCCUGGAUGCGGGCCGUUCUCCGUCGUCCCAACACCGCGCUUAGAUGGACGGCGACGCAGAACAUGUGGGUCGAUGGUGGUACCAAGCUGAUGGACUUGACUCACUUGAGGACUACGAUGCGCCGUGGCUCUUGGUCCAUCACCUACUCCCCUGACUUUGUCAAGCAGGUUCAGAAGGCUAAGCGGCCCUCGGCGUCUUCUACUCGAACGAACUCGAGCUCUACUACCACUCCUUCAGGAGAACCUCUUCGCCCUGACGACCCAGUUUACGGUCACCUUCUGAGGCUGGCCAAGCUGAAAGGAUGGCACACCCAAAACGGGCUUGGCAUCAAUGUGGCGAAGAAUGCACGGUCCUUAAGGACACCCGAGCCACGUUUCUCGAGCGACUCUCUGCCGUUUCGUACGACUUUUGGUUGUUUCCCUGCUGGGGACCAGCUGGAGUGGCGAGUGCUUGAAAGAGGCACCAAAUAUGGUGCCUUGCCGAAUCAGCAUGCCCUAAUCGGCCAUGCAGAUACGCUGAUCACGAUCUUCCACGCGGAAGCAGUGCCUCAGCCUCUUGGUGCCGAUUGA